GAUGGCAACGGCACAAGGUACACCAGAGUCUGAUACCGGAAGUUUUGAAUGCUUUCAAAACUAUACAGCGCCAGAGGUAUUUAUCCAGGGUUUGGCUGGAAUUGUUGAUCAACAGGAUGUAGAAUCUAUGAUAAGAGCACAAAAGCAAAUGUUGCAGAGGUUUGAAAAAACCAACGAGAUGUUGACCAACUGCAAUCAGUUGUCGAUAAAUAGAUUUAAGACUGCUGGCAAUGAGUUUAAAAAACACACAACAUUAUUAGUGGAAAUGAAGAGAGAUUUGGAUUAUAUUUUCAAAAGAAUUCGUAUCGUAAAGAACAAACUGAGUCAGCAAUAUCCACAAGCAUUUAAUGAAGCGGUAAGAAGCAGUUUAGCGGAAGAAGUAAUCGUCGAAGAUGUAGAUUGCCCUGUAAAACCGCUUGAACCUGAAAUAGUACCACUACCAAGCGCCUCUAACACCGUUAUUGAUCGAGAUCCAGAUUCUGAUGUGCCGGUUGAGGAGUUUCAAUUUGCAAAGCUGCGGAAACGACGAAUAAAGAGCAACGAUAGUUCAUCAACGGAGAGCAACAACGAUCACAGUAACGCCGAAACUUCGUCCUGCACGUCCGAUACUGGUUAAAGCAUUUGUUCCAGAGUUAGAAAAUUAGAAGACUACGAAAAAGAAGAAUACCCUCAAAAAAAAAAAAAAAAAAGAAAAAAGAACGAUAAUAAAAAGAGAGGAAAGAGAAGAUUGAUAUUUUAUACGUUAACGUUAUCGCGAAAAUGGUUAGCCGACAAUAACGGUUUAGUUCCAUCGGUGGCAGCCGGCUAUGAAAAUUUGGAAAGUUUCGAUUAUACACAACGUACAAAAGUAGAUGUACGCGCAACCGUAUACAUAUUUGUAAAUUGCAAAUCUGUGAAUUUUGUCAGUGUCGACGAAAUAAUAAAGUAUUAUUUGUACACUGUAGAA